AUGUCGACAACAACAAUAUCGCGAGCAUCCACAGAGCGAGCCUUAGAAUUGAAGGAAUCGUUAACUGAAGUCCGAACGAGGGUACAGCAAGCCAUCAGCGGAAAGAACAAAGAGGCGAUUCUCGUCGCGGUAUCCAAGUACAAGCCCGCAUCAGACGUCCUAGCGUGUUUUGAGGCCGGCCAGCUAGAUUUCGGUGAAAACUAUGUCCAGGAGCUAGUGGACAAAGCACAACAAUUGCCUCCCAGUAUCCGGUGGCAUUUCAUAGGCACGCUACAAUCAAACAAGGCAAAGGUACUUGCUUCAAUUCCGAACUUGUACACCAUUCAGACUGUAACGUCAGUCAAGGUUGCUGCCGCGCUGAACAAGGCAAUUCCAGCAGAGCGAUCUUCGCCUCUCAAUAUACUAUUGCAAGUCAAUACCUCUGGCGAGGACAACAAGUCCGGCUUGCCUCCGUUGUCCGUAGAGUCCGAAUCCAACGUCGAGUCCGAGCUAACACAGCUUGCACGCCAUAUCGUCUCUGAGUGUCCUCAGCUGUAUUUGCAGGGUCUCAUGACUAUAGGAUCACUCACCGAAUCUCUUGCCUCAACGGAGAAGCCGAACGAAGAUUUCGAGCGCUUGUGCUUGACGCGCGAUUUGCUACAACAGGCACUUGUGCAGGCGGGUUUACCACCUGAUGGUGGUAAGUGGGGAACAGACGGGAAGUUGCUCUUGAGUAUGGGGAUGUCGAGCGACUUUGAAGCAGCCCUUAAGGCCGGCAGCGAUGUCGUUCGCGUCGGGACCAGCAUCUUUGGAUCAAGGCCCAAGAAGGAGAUUACCUCUUGA